AGUUGCUAUCAGCUGUUUGUCAAAUAAACGUCAUAUUUGACUUUUACAACUGCUAUCCAAGGGUAUUUAUAUUACAGGAAAACUUUUUUAUAUACCAAUGCAAAAAAUUUAUAAUUCUAUAUAAAAUAUUUACAAUAUUUUACAUUUUAUACCAUGAGAGAUCCACCCAAAAAUUUGGGUAUUACUGUAACUACUCCUGGUAGUACUGUUACCUCAGGAGCACCAUCUACCUCAGGAAGGCAAAACAGUUUGGAAGAUAUCAAUCUGGAUCAAUUUUUGAAAACAUCGAAUUAUGAGGAUACGGUUAAGCAAUUGGAUAUAUAUUAUGGCAUUGUUAAACGACAAUUGCUACGUUUUCAAAGUCCCAUAACUGGAUUAUUUCCUGUAAUGAGUACUGAUCAUGAAAUUGGUUCCGUCCGUGAUAGUGUCUAUUGUGCUGCAGCCGUAUGGAGUUUAUAUCAAGCCUAUCGACGUAUCGAUGAUGAUCGUGGCAAAUCAUAUGAAUUGGGUCAAUCUACUGUUAAAUGCAUGCGUGGUAUAUUAGAAUGUUGGAUUAAACAAGCGCCACGGGUUGAGCUAUUCAAACAGAGACAAUCUAAUCAGCAUGCUUUACAUAGUAAAUUUCAUUUGCAUACCGGUGAAGAGAUCUAUUCCGAUGAUUUUUAUAAUCAUUUACAAAUAGAUGUUGUUUCACUUUAUAUAAUAUUUUUAGUGCAAAUGAUAACUUCAGGUUUACAAAUUAUUUAUACACAGGAUGAAGUGGCUUUUGUGCAAAAUUUAGUUUACUAUGUCGAAAGAGCUUAUCGUACACCGGAUUUUGGUAUGUGGGAACGUGGCUCUAAAUAUAACAAUGGUACUCCCGAAAUACAUGCCUCUUCAAUUGGCAUGGCCAAAUCGGCUUUGGAAGCUAUUAACGGUUGUAAUUUGUUUGGUGAAAAAGGCGCUUCUUGGAGUGUUGUCUAUGUUGAUAUUGAUGCUCACAAUCGUAAUCGUAGUAUUUUCGAAACUAUGCUUCCCAGAGAGUCCAGUUCAAAGGGUGUUGAUGCUUCUCUAUUACUUACCUUGUCCUUCCCAGCGUUUGCUUCUCACGAAGACAGUUUAGUGGAACAAACCAAACAUAAUGUUAUAAGUCGUUUGCGUGGCAGAAGAGGUUUCAAACGCUUUAGUCGUGAUGGAUUUUUGAGUAAAGUGGAAGAUAAAAGUAGAAGAUAUUAUCACACUGGCGAAUUAAAAGAAUUUGAGGGUAUUGAAUGUGAAUGGCCACUGUUUUUCAUUGAAAUGAUAAUUGAUGGUGUCUUUAAGAAUAACAAUGAUCAAAUUGAGGAAUAUCAAAAUGAACUGCGUAAAUGUAUGUAUGCCGACACUUAUGGCGAUCCAGUUGUCACUAUGUAUUAUGCACCAGAUGGUGAGGGUUCUUAUUUAAAAGCACCCACCCAAACCCUAUUCCUAUGGGGUCAAUCUAUGUUUAUAAUAGCCCAACUUUUGACAGCUGGCCUAUUGCAUAUAAAUGAAUUAGAUCCAAUACGUCGUUAUUUGCCUAGUUAUAACAGACCCAGACGAGCCGGUCGUUAUUCAGCUUUUCAGGCUAAACCUGGCACUGGUACUGCUACUGAUUUGGUAGUACAAAUUGUUUUAAUUGCUGAAUCUAUGCGUCUACAAGCUAUGAUGGCUACUUAUGGUAUACAAACUCAAACACCUCAUGAGGUUGAACCCGUGCAAAUUUGGUCUUCCACGGAACUUAUUAAAGUCUAUCAACAUUUAGGUGUUAAUAAUAAAGUUGGCUUAUCGGGUCGUCCCUCGAGACCUGUAGGUUCUUUGGGCACUAGUAAAGUGUAUCGUAUUUGUGGCAUGACUGUACUCUGUUAUCCUUUGAUAUUCGAAGUUUCUGAUUUUUAUCUUUAUCGUGAUAUGGCUUUGUUAAUUGAUGAUAUCAAAACUGAAUUACAAUUUGUGGGUAAAUAUUGGCGUUUAUCUGGUAGACCUACGGUCUGUUUGUUAAUACGUGAGGAACAUAUGCGUGAUCCUCAGUUUAAAGAAAUGUUAGAUUUAUUGGCCAUGUUGAAGAAGGGCUAUUGUGAUGGCAUGAAAGUUCGCAUUGGCAGAUUACAAAAUCUUAUUAGUAGUUCUUGCAUAGAACAUUUGGAUUUUAUGAAUCAAAAUGAUUUAUCAGAUGAAGAGAAUGCUUUUGCUCAAAUUAAUCAUGAAUAUAUUGGCUAUCAAUCGUUAACGGAUGUCCCUAAGGCACAGACGUAUACAGAAGAAAAAAUAACCGUAGAGCACUAUAAUCACAAACCAACACAUGAAAUUAUCGAUGCUUUACGCAGUACCGAAUCUCUCUUCUGUCUCUGUCAACUCUGGGGCAUACUACUAAAUCGUGAGGGUUCUCAUUUUGAAGUUAACGGUCUAUCCGUUCAACAAGCUCUAACACAAUUAUAUCAUCGUGCUGGCUCUUUGCGUUAUUGGCGUGCCGUACGUUAUUGUUCUUCCCUACUACAUCACAUUGUUGAUUCUAUUAGUCCUUUUAUAACGACUGUCCUGGUAAAUGGCAAAGAAUUGACGGUUGGUGUUAUUGGACAAAAGGAAACAGUAUUUGAUAAACCUAUGACACCAGCAGAAAUACGUGAUGUUAUGUAUAAUACAGUACAACCGUAUAAUGUUAUACAGGCAGUAUUGCAACAGGAAGUUGUGUUAUAUUGCGGACGUUUAAUCGCUACUAAUCCCUCUAUGUUUAGAGGUAUUUUAAAGAUUCGCAUUGGUUGGGUUUUGGAGGCUAUGCGUAUUUAUUUGCAAAUUUCUGGCCAAGAAACAAUAGAUGUAGAUAAUUUAUCACCGUUUCAAGUGCGUAUCCUAUUGCAAAAAGUUCUUACUGUUAGUGAAUGGGCCACCGAAGAAAGACUUACAACUUUACAAAAACGCCAAUUGGAGGGUUGUUUGUGUCGAGUGCCCAAAAACUUUUAUAAUAAAAUCUGGGAAAUUUUACUACGCACUCCGCUGGGUAUAACCACACAGGGACAUUUAUUGCCAGCCUCUCCUACCUUAAUUAAUAUGAGUAGAGGAGAAUUAAACUUUUCGCUUUUAGUCGAAGAGACCUUAAUUUGUAUAGAGAAACCAGAAAGACGACAAAUAACUGUGGAAUUAUUAUGUAUUAUAGCGACAAUAUUAAGCAGGAAUCCCGAAUUACAUUUCAAACAUGCUUUAGAUUUGGAUGAAAUCUUAUUAGAAGCCUUAAUGUAUUGCAAGGAUAACAAUAUACAAGAUCAUAACAAUGAUAUGACACCAUUUUAUGCUUUAGUAUAUAAUGAAACCACUGGCUAUUUAGCUCGUGCUGCUGUUAAUAAAGUUUUACAAGGCGGUGCCUUUUCAACACAGGGAGAUGAAUUUAAUGAGGAAAAUUUACAUGAUGAAACCUGCAAAGUUUCUUAAUUUUCAUUCAUAUAUACGUAUGUAUGUAGUGUUAGUUUUAUAGUUUUUAUAACUCAACUAAGAAUUUAUAUUUAAUUUCCAUACUUCUUAAAGUUUCUUUUAACCAUGACAGAAAUGCUCUUCUAAAAUUGAAUUUAUUCAUUAUACUUUUCGCACAAUUUUUGUGAAACUUUAAGUUCCUUUUUUCUGAACUUCCCUCGAAAUUGUUCUUUUAACUCUCGAAACCUAGUAACACUUACUCACUUUUUGACCUUUAUAUAAAUGUUUAUUAAUUAAGUAAUAUUAUUAUGGUAUAAAAUUUUAAUUUAUGUAUGUAUAUGUAUGAUACAUCUUAAUGGUUUUUAAAUAAAAAAAGCAAAACAAAAGUA